AUGGAAAGAUUCCCUAACAACGGACUCCCACAAUGUGCAGUACUUUCCCCAACGCUGUUUAACAUCUAUACCAGCGACUUCCCACCAACAUCGUCGAAGAAAUUCGUUUAUGCCGAUGAUAUCGCGCUAGCAACCGAACAUACCGGCUUGCAGAUGCUUAGCUGCACACUCACGUCUGACCUUGCUGUUAUGACGCUAUAUUUUCACCAGUGGAAGCCUCAUCCAAAUCCGACGAAGACUUGCGCGACGGCUUUCCAUCUGGAUAAUCGACUGGUCAAGGAGAAACUCGCGGUUGAGUUUUGUGGUCAACAAGUGCACGAUAAAAAAACAAAAUAUCUGGGCGUCACUCUUGAUCGAACGCUGUCAUUUAAGCCAUAUCUAGAAAAGACACAACAGAAGACGAAAACGAGAAUAAACUUGUUACGAAAACUUGCCGGCACCAGUUGGAAAGCAGGUGCCCGUACGCUGCGUACUACGGCCCUCGCACCUAUAUAUUCUCUGGUGGAUCACUGUUCCCUUGUUUGGUGUCACAGCUGCCACACGAGCGAAUUAGACACGCAGUUCAAUGAAAAGAUGCGAAUAGUAAUAGCAACCCUGAAGCCAUCUCAAACACAGUUGUUACCGAUUCUGGAGGAUAUUGAACCUCCUCACUUCCGGAGGGGCGAGCAGGCGCAUCGCAUUUUAGAUAGGAAUCGCCAAUUGCCCAUCCAUCGUGUCUUCCAACAGUCACCAACACGACGCCUGAAACCACGCCACCCACUAUGGGAACGGACAACGACACCGCGUCUGAGUCUCGAGUAA